GGGACGAUCUGAACUAACUAAAACAUUUCAAGUGUGGACACAUACACAUAUACAAACAUCGUACAUGUGUGUUUGCCUUUUAGUACAUAGAAAACACACAUGUGUAAUUGUUUCAGUUUUUUCAUAUAAAUCAAACCCGUGCACAGUCAUCUAAUUAUUGCCUUUUUGAGAAUACAAGAAAACCAAAAACAACAACAAUAACAACAACAAACAUAACACAAACACAAUUAAAUCCAACGCAAUCGAAGCCUUUAACCAAACCAAAAAUAAAAACCGUAUCACAAAAAUCGACAAAUCCAAUCGAAACAACCACAAAAAAACAUCCAUUUAGCUGGCUAAAGCAAGGGCGCACAGUACACAAGCAUAGAGCAGCGAAAAAAAAAUCCAUAAUUCUGUCUUGAUUCUGGAGUGAACACAGUGAAAAAAAUAGUAUCGCGGUUGAGUGUGUUUUGUCUAUUUAAUGUAUAUAUGUACCUGAAAGACGCGGCGGUAUGUUGUGUAACGAAUAUGAAUGAGCUUGUAAGCGUGUUCGUAGCAUUACAUUCCCAUAUACAUUUCAAUUCGGCUACAUUACAUAAAUGCUUGUUAUUAUUUUUGACCAACACAAGCAAACCAUGUCUCUUACAUUCAUGUGAGAUCGAACCGGGCCGCACAAUAAUAGCCAAUAACAAUAAUAAGUCGCAAAAAAAAACGACAGAUUUGCCAUUGGCGGCUAAGAGACAUAAUAAGUAAAUAUCUCGUUUUUGGAAUGCUGAUUUGGUUCGUUGUGUUGAUGCUUUUAAAAAGACAGUAAAAUCAUGAAUCACAAAUCAACUCAUCCGCAAGCAAAAAAGUGCCGAUUGUUGAACUAUUUGAACAUCAGUCGGAAAAGAGUUGCAAUAACGAAUAAUAAAUAAGUUCAACGCUUAAAUCUGUAUUCGCAGCAGCGAGACAAUAAUGGCGACAAAAGAUGAAAAUAAAAAAAAAACCUGCACACAUUUGAGACUGCACAGAGUGAGAGCAAGAGAGCAAGAGAGCGAGAGAGAGAGAGAGAGAGAUAUUAUAAAAAUUAGUGCGGCAGUCGUCGUCGUCGUUGUCGAGCACUUGAAAACCGUGUGUGAUGUGUGAAUGAGUGUGGGACAUGUUUCAAAAAGCAUCAGACAGAGCGGCCAAUUUCAUGAUAAUUCCGUUCAUUCUUCUUCUUUUUCAAUUUUGGCAUUCAUUAUUUUUAUCCUUUCUGUAUGCGUCUCUUGCUAUAUCUGUCUGGCUAUAUGCGUGCGCGAACGAAUAAACCAUCAUUGUGGUUUUUGCAUUGGCAGCAACAGCCUCCACAUACACAACGAACGAUACGCCAUUCAACUGGGAUGAGUUCGCGCGCGUGUGUUGUAUAUACAAGUUUACUACACACUAAGCAGCAACGAAAAACACGAAAUUGCCUUUGCCUUUUGAUUUUCUUGAUGCACGAUUUACGAUCAUUGUCAUGUCUAGGAGCGUCUUUGUCUCACUACCGCAUCGAAUAUUCGUAUGAAAUUGAUGCUACGGCCGAAGUAUAUUCUAUCGAGCAAAUAUCAUCAUUUGAUGAAAAUCCAUCAGCGACCCAUUUCAAGAGGCUAAAUACACCUUUUGUCAUUUUGCUAAAAUCACAAUUUCAAAUUUACUGCUUGUACAAAUAGGAAUCAUGUUUGAAUUCAAAAAUGUAUUGAAAAUGUCAAAUGGCAUCAUAGUGAACAAAAAAGACUUUACGUAAAUGUCAUAUACCUCUUCUCAAAACAUCCAUACAUUCCAACUGAUGUGCACGGUCAUAAUAACGGUUAAACCAAAGCCUGAAAAAAUACAUUCUUAUUCAUUUAUUUGUCCUCUUGAAACACCAUUGAAAUAAAUGCCUCGAAUCACUUUCGAUUAGAGAGGUGAAGAAAUGCUCAAUAAAAUUUCAUAUUUGUUGUAUUUUUUCAUUAAAAGCAACCAAAAGCUUUUUAUCUAGAAUACUAGGCGACAAUUUUCUACCUAAAAAUUCUCACAACAAGUUCAUAGCAUUUUAUAAAUGUUUUUUUUUGUUUUGUUUUGUAAAUAUCACCAUAGUCAUAGUUUCAAAAUAAUAAAGGUGAAUAAUCGCAAUUUGUUUGUAUCAGAUUUGGAAACUGCCCAAACAUUCCAUAUCUACUGUGGAGCACAAAUUCGAUUGAAUAGUACGAAAACCAAAUAACGAAAAUGGAUAUUGUGAAAAAAGAGUACAAAAGUGUGUGUGCGUGUGAGAGAGAAGAGAAUAAUUGCGAAUCAGCGCAAAGGGUGAAAGAGAUGCAAAUAUCGAAGCUAAAACCACGACGGUAAAGAACAUACACAGAACAAGAAUAAGAAUAACAAUAUACCAGUUCUAUCAACGAUGGGACUCUACGUUGCUCGCGUCUCGUUCUCAUUCAAUUCGUUUUGAAUGGGCAUGCUUGUGCGUUCAGUUUUCCUUUCAUACAAUAAACAAAAAAUAAAGAGAGACAAAGUGAGCGAGCGAGUGAGCGAGAGAGGGAGACAGCAACAGUGUUGUGCGUUUUGUUUUCUGUGCAUCUGAAUGGUUAAAUUAUGUACAGAAAUGAGUAAUAAUGACUCGGGUGCAUAACGACACUGCAAGCCUAGCCAGCAGCCAAACAGUCCAUUUAGUAUGUAGCUCCUUGGUUUUCUUGGAAUUCAUACCAAAUCAAUGCGCCAACAGUCAAAUCCGCGAAGCAGAUCAGGAAGAAAAAAGAAGCAAAUAAAUAAGACAUAGUAGCAAGCGAGCGAGAACGGUAACGAGAGAGCGAAAAAACAGCACACAUAUGUACACACACACACGUACAAUUCAAUAAUUAACAGCAUGUUUUUUUGCUUGUCUGUUCGCGAAAGUACCUUUAACAGACGGACAAACAGUUUUUUUUUUUUCAAAAAUACAUAUGUCGAUAUGUACAUAAAAUUUAAUUCCCAAACCACAAACACUUUCAGCCUUUUUCUAGUGUGCUACGCCAGCUUGUAUUGUGUUAUGUGUUGUGUUUUGUUGUUUUGGAUGAAAAAAUAAAAUAGUACGUGUGUUUGGCCAUUAUUCGAUUAGGUUCAUGUGUAAAUGAACUGGACGCUGACAAUGAUAAUGUAGCUAUUCCGUCAUUACCGAGAAUAUUAGUACACGCGACGCAUAAUAUAUGGAAAAUAAAUUUUAAGUUUUAUUUACUCCAUUACAUUUAUACAUAAAUUUCGAUCAGUGAUAUCAAAAAAAUAUGAUGGGUUUAGUCGGGGAUUCAGAAUUAAAAUGGGUGUUGAUGUUGUCAAAAUUAUGUUUGUGCCGUAGCCUACCUACCGUACCUUUUUGCGGUGAACUUAUGUAACAUUUUUAUGGGCUCAAUCAACCAGGAGGUUUGAAACAUACAAAAUCGAUGCGUUCAAGCUGUAUUAAACUAGUUCAACAGAAACAGUAACAAAAGUGAUAAAAAAGUGAACAUUCAAAACAAGUAAAAACUGAAAAAACUCAAAAGCUCUGAAACUGAACGAUUAUUGUGUCUUGUGUGAUCCAUAAUUAAACGGACAAAUAUUCUAUUCAAUAUUCAAGGAAUACCAUCUGAUCCAAAAGGUGAAGCAUAUUCUAAUUGGAUCAUUGUUACCAUUUGGCUGUUGAUUUUUCUUGUUUUUGUUAAUCGUCGGUUGCCGGUCAUCAUCAUUAUUGCUAAUAGUACAGCAACAGUAUGCAAGUUUAGCAAUUUAUUUGACAACAUUGAUGCAACAAUUGAAACCGGAAUUACAUACUCGCCACUUGUGCACGAGCUGACACAUGAGACCGUUUCGGAUACCACCGCAUCGAAAGAAGCUUUGCAGCAAGAACAAAACGAAAAAAAACCUUUCAAGUUAUAUGCAGCGAUAAGAAAGCGAAUGGAUUAAGCGGAGAAUAGGUGCAACAUUAAAAAAGGUGGUCAUGCUUAUUGUUUUAUAACGAUAUUGCCAUCCAUUCUACUGAGCCGAGAGAUAUACGACAAGACAACUGCGUUCACUGCGGCAGCGACAUUGCACUACAUUGGGAACGUGCACAUUAGCACAACGAAUUCCAGAUUCGUCCGACGACGACGACGACACACAGCCUCUAGUGUGUCAGCAGUGUGUACAAUUUUGCCAUAAAUACUGUACGGCUCCUUUGUUUCCCAUAUAUUGUCGCUUGUGUCGUGUUGCCGUUUCUGAUUCAGAUUAAUAUUCAGCUUCAGGUUCUAUUCUCUGUUUUCCUUCUCCGUAUGUUUAUAUACUCAGCCGAGUAAACGCUUAUUACAUAGAAAAAAGAGGAGCAUUUCACUCGAUAUGUUGUACUGUGCGGUGCUGUGCUUUACAUGAUGUGUUAUGCACAUGGAUCGUCCACACUCGAUUCCAAAUCGUCAGCAUUCGCACUUAGGCGCACAUAUUCUAUAUAUAUAUAGAAUAUUUGUGUACAUAUGCGUACCAAUAUAUGCAUAGCAUACACACAGAAAGCGAAAGAGAGUAUAUAUAUCCGCGCAUACAUUUGAAGGCGAGAAACUUGAAAAAUUGAAGCUCCAACCAGUCGAGAGUGCAAGAGCAACACGCGUACUUGUGAAUUGGAUUUCUGGUGUUCUCGCGUAGUUCUCUCUUCACUUAUUAAUCUCUCUUUCAGUUGUGUGUCUAGCAUCUGUGAUUCGCUUUUAAAGCGGAAUUGUAUAUAUUUGAUGUAAGUAUAGUUCUAACGAAUAUAGUAAAACUAAAAGUAGAAAUAAAAAGCCAACAGUCAGCUACCAGCAAGUAAACAACAAGUGAAAGAGAGCCAGAGCAUCAAUAUUAUCACCAUUAAAUCGCACAUUUACGCGCGUAAGCCCGAACCUAAAUACCAAAUCAAAACGUCAACUAAUUUCAACACAUAAACAUGUUUAUGCAGCAAACGCUGAACCGCUGUAUAGAAUAAUAAGUUUGAACAAGAGAAAAAAAAACCCACACAAAUAAGUUUUAUCGAGAGGAAAGGAAUUGAAUCUUCGUGAAAGCUAAGGUUCACGACAGACACCGUAUACAUACACAAGUCCACCCACACUGAAAUCAAAACAAAACAAACUAAAAGUGACAGAGAAAGAAAGAGAGAGAGCGAGAGAGAGAAACACACACAUACACACUCACGAUGCAACGUUUCUAAGCGUUUAACUUAGAAGGAAUUUAGUUCAAUUUGAACUUAGAUUGUGGGAAUUGGAUCAUACUAUAUGCAUACGAUUCAUGAAAAGGAACCUAUAAAUAAGCCACAAAAUAGAAACCUAGACAGCCAUAACUCGGUCACAACUACGACAAAAAUGAACAACACACAAAUUAAAGAAUUGAAUAAUCUCCUGUGAAAGUGUAAAGUGUUAAACAAAGUACAAAAAAACAGAAAUAGAACAAAUAGAAUUGGACAAAAGUAUAAUAGUAUAAUCUGUGAUUCAACUGAAAGAGCAUCAUCAUCCUAAUAAAAUGAGAAAAACAAUGCACGAAGAUCAUAAAAUUCAUCCAAAUUCGACGAUUGUUGUGCUGAGCAAUGUGAGCUUGAGCACAUCAGCUGCAACAAAUGCAGUUAACAAUGUUCGGAUUGUCGGCACUGGCGGUGGUGUUGGUGUUGGUGUUGGUGUUGGUGGUAGUGGUAGUGAACAUGUCAUAGCAGAUACAAAUAGUCAAAUCGACACCAUAUUGGCGGAUUCCGUGAAGCUUAACUUGGAUUCAUCGGACGGUCCACACACAACCACACAAUACUUUUUCAGUGCUGCCACACCGAUUGUUACCACAUCCACCAUCAAUCAGCUACAGUCAAACAACAAUACAAUCUUGAUUGAGAAUACAAACGCUGAUAUAAUCGUAUGCAAUGGCGACGAUACACUCACCGUUACAUCUGGCGAACAACAAACAUUAAGCACCUCGUGUUCAACAUCUUCAUGUACAACUUCUUGUAAUACACCAUACGUGAUAUUCGAAACAAACAGUUUGCCGUAUGUGCAGCGAACGAUCGUUUCAGAACGGGAUUCAUCAAGUGCGUCAGUAUGCAUAGAUGAUAGCGGAGGUGGUGGUGGCGGUAGUAGUAGUGUUAUAGAGAUCCCAGUCGACAAUAACAAUAUCGGCGACGAUGACAUCGACAACAACGGAAGUGAUCAUAUUCUAAAGCGGAACUCAACGUCAGUCCUCCAAAGACAUUCAUUCGAAAAUGUUGACAAUGAAAAUGACGACGAUGACGAUGAUGAAGAUGAAACGUCACAAGCUUACACAGACACCGCCUCACAACAUACCAAUCAAGACACGUAUGUACCAUCACUGUUGCCACCAGUUGGCAAUGCGAUCAACACAUGUGAUCAGACCGAUAUGAAGUAUUAUUUUGAAGAAUUGUGCCCGGUAUGUGGUGACAAAGUGUCCGGCUACCAUUACGGAUUGCUUACAUGUGAAUCAUGUAAAGGAUUCUUCAAACGUACAGUGCAAAACAAAAAGGUAUACACAUGCGUGGCUGAACGACAGUGUCACAUCGAUAAAACACAGCGAAAACGAUGCCCAUUCUGCCGGUUCCAAAAAUGUUUGGAGGUUGGCAUGAAACUUGAAGCUGUUCGUGCGGAUCGCAUGCGAGGUGGUAGGAACAAAUUUGGACCAAUGUACAAACGUGAUCGGGCAAGAAAACUGCAAAUAAUGCGUCAAAGACAGUUGGCGGUGCAAGCUCUGCGUGCAGCGGAAGGAAACACAUCACAAUUAUCACCGACCGGAUACCAACAGCCGUAUUCAAAUAUGAACAUCAAACAAGAAAUUCAGAUACCACAGAUUUCGUCGUUAACAUCAUCUCCGGAUUCGUCACCUAGUCCAAUUGCAAUUGCAUUGGGACAGGUGAGCGUAGCAAGUGGCAACACAACGACCACAGCUGGCAACAAUAAUACGAAUGCCGGCAAUGGAAACACUCACGAAAGCAUCAAUAUUUCUCUAUCUGGUACAAAUAGCGCGUUAUCCGGAGGAAGUGCAUCAAAUGUCGGUGGCUCAACAACAUCAUCAGCAAACGCCACCGGCUUAUCAAACCCGACAACCGAUUCAAAACUGUGGUUUGCCAACUCAACCACAGCUUCACCACAUUCGCUAAGCCCAAAAGCAUUUAGCUUUGAUACGAGCACAAAUCCAACCAGUACAGCUGACAUUAGCGCAGUUGAACCACUGAGCAAAAAGCAAUACUGGAAGAAUUCAAAAAGUUUGAACUUCCCCAGGGUGUCACCGAUGAUACGUGAAUUUGUUCAAUCGGUAGACGACCGCGAAUGGCAGUCACAACUAUUUUCGCUGCUUCAAAGUCAAUCGUAUAAUCAAUGUGAAGUUGAUCUCUUUGAAUUGAUGUGCAAAGUAUUGGAUCAGAACCUGUUCUCGCAAGUUGAUUGGGCACGCAACACCGUAUUCUUUAAAGAUCUCAAGGUUGACGAUCAAAUGAAAUUGCUGCAGAAUUCAUGGUCCGACAUGCUUGUCUUGGAUCACUUACAUCAUCGAUUGCACAACAAUUUACCCGACGAAACACCACUGCAUAAUGGUCAGAAGUUCGAUUUGCUUGGCCUGGGAUUGUUGGGUGUCCCACAGUUGGCCGAUCACUUCAAUGAAAUACAAAAUAAACUGCAAGAGCUGAAAUUCGACGUCGGUGACUACAUAUGCAUGAAAUUUUUGUUGUUGCUUAAUCCAGAUGUGCGAGGUAUCACCAAUCGCAAAACAGUCCUCGAAGGGUAUGAAAACGUUCAAGCAGCUUUAUUAGAUUAUACACUCACUUGUUAUCCAUCAGUUGAGGAAAAAUUCGCAAAAUUGAUAAGUAUUAUUCCGGAAAUUCAUGCGAUGGCUGCACGUGGUGAAGAUCAUCUUUACUUGAAACAUUGCGCUGGAAGUGCUCCUACGCAAACACUUCUCAUGGAAAUGCUGCACGCCAAACGAAAAUAAAAUCGCGCGCGCAAAGGAAAUGAAUCUGCACGUAAACAUAAUGGGGCAAUUUUUAUUGAAAGGCAUUAGGAAACAGACGAAGAAGAAGGAGAAAAAAAAACAACAACACAAUCGCCUGAACGCGUUUCAGCGACCAACGUUAUCAUCUUUUUGAAAUCUGCCUCCGUUUAUCUCUAUUUCUCAAUAACAUGAAGGAAAUAAAACCAAACUAAACGAAUCAAACAAAAUCAUUUGCUGCAUUUGAAAGAAAAGAAAAUGCUGCCGUUGACCUUUCAGCAGCAACGGCAAUUGUGCAGUUGCAACAUCAUCAAUAGGCACCACAUGCAGUUAAAGAAAGCAUCAAAUUGAGAAAAUCAUUCAAACAAUUUAAAACAAACAAACGAAAAAACAAAGAUAAAUAUUAAGCAUUAGAAUGGAGAAAAUUUGUUUUAUAAUAAGGCAAAGAGAAUUAUUUGUAUAUAAAAGUAUGGAAAAGGGUAUCCAGUUUUAAUUAUAGCCAAGCAAAGCAGAAGUUAAACACUGUAUUUAUGUCAGUGUCCUUGAUAUGUGAUUUGAAAGCACAUGCUCAUUUAAAAAAUGGCAUUGUGUGUACCGACUAAGCAACAAUGCUUCGUCAAAAUAAGGUUGUUGUUGUUCAUUGAUUUGUUCAAAAUACUGUUUCGAAACAAACAAAACAAAACGAAACAAAAUCAACAAACAAACAGAAUUAAAGAAAAACGGCGUAGUGAUAAGUGUGGCUCAAUGCCGUCUCAACCAUACUCAUUUCAUCUUGGUCACAAUUGGAAUGAUUGAAUCUGUUUAUACACCGGGCGACCACCGGUAGAAGGCGGCACCAGUAGCGAGCAAACCGACGACGGACAACAAAAAUUUAUUGCUUAACUGUGUAAAAAAAAUAAAAGUAUCUUACGUUAAAUAUGUAUAUGAAAAUCAAAUGGAAAACAAAACAAAAAAAAGGACAACAAUACCAUUAACAAGUGAAUGUGUAAAUAUUUCUUCUUAAAUGUUUUAUUUUUUUAUUUUUUAAUCUUAAUUGUAAUUAAUUUAAUUGUAAAGAAAACAAAAAAAAUUGCUUUUAAGUCGUAGAAUUGUCAUUGAAGUAAUUGGUCACACGUUAUCUACCACUCAAUUGGAAUUUCCCAAAAUUCGUGUUGUAUACAAGUAGAUACACCGAGCCUUGCGCCGUUGUCUAUGUCCGACUAUCUCGCUGUCUUUUCGAUUUUAUUUUUAGCUAAAAGCAAAUGAUUUAAACUAAGUUCGUUGAAUAAAUUAGUUAAAAAUAACUAUACAUAUUAUUGCUUAUCUAUUUUUUGCUUUAAGUUGAAAUGAAAUGAAUGAAAAGUAGAAAAAAAACAGAGAUGUUAAUUUACUGUCAACAGCGGCUGUUAGUUGCGUUUCUAUGCAUGUGAACCUUGCCCUGUAAACCUUGUGCUUCAACUCAUAUAAACAAACGGAGCUAUGUGUGUACUAAGUUUGUGCAUGUUCAUGCGGGUUAUUGUUGGUGCACAAGGCUUACAGUGUGUUGCAUGCAUAGAAAUACACCCAACAGCCGCUGUUGGAAACCGCUCUUGGAAACUAUCUGUUGAACAGCAGCGGCUACGCAGCCAGCAAAUUCAUUGCUCUGAACAAAAAAAAACAAACACAGUUAUAAACGAAAGUGCAGAAAUGCCAAUUCACAGCCACAAUGAAGAAAAUGAUGCGCUUGGUCGUCAUAUUUCGAUUGAUAUACGCUGCCAAGCACUAUUACAUACAUUUACCGAACAUAAAAUGAAUGCUUUUGCACUGAAAGCAUCCUUAGCUUUAACAAAAUUUAAAGUAAACAAGAAAAAAACAUACGAGAAGAAACAAAAUGGAAAGUAUAAACACUAAAUUUAGAAGAAUUCUAUUCUUUAAACAAAUUUGUUACCAUUACAUCUCAGCGAAUCACAUUACACAAGAGAGCAGCAUCAGUAUAUGAAAAUAAAAUAAAAAUAAAAAUAAAAACUACGUUAAUAAAGAUAAUGAUUUGAAAUAAAAUGAAGAAAAUUUAUGUUAUAAUGUGAAUUUAAGCAAGGAUAAUAUUUUAAUUGUUAAAAACACUAACACAUUCACACAUAAGUUAAAACGUGUUUUCAGAAUAAUUUAACUCGAUAUAUUUUUGAAAAAAGUCUACGGAUAUGUUAAAUUUUUGUUCACGAAUAUCAAUUUUUUUGGAUUGGAAUAGCAAUUUAUUUUUUGUAAACGUUUUAUUUUUUCCUCGUUUAAUGAACUAAAACUGAAAUAUAUAUAUGUAUAUAUAUGCAGGAUAACGAGAGGUUCUGUCAUAUACAAUAUCAAUAUCUCAAUGUUUGAAAUGUAGUAGCUCAUCAAUCGCUCUAUUCCACAUUGGCAAAUAUCCAUACCCACCCAUACUCUCAACAAAAAUCUGCACCAAAUAUCUUUUUCCCAACCCCUCCCCCCCAUCCCUAUGAAAUGUUAAACGAUCGAAUAAAAUUCUUCUGAAGAAAUAACGGUUGGAAAAUCCGUGAAAUCAAAAUUCAAAUAUUUAUUUUUGUACAAUAACAAAUUGAAUAUUGUGAGAAACAAAGUUAAAAAUAACUAUUAGGCCUACUUGAAACCGGUUUCGGAAUAAGAAAUAGGAUUCUUUUUAAAUUGUACGUGACAUGUGUAUGUGUUCAUGAUUGAAACAAAGACAUGAAAUGAAAUGAAAUGAAAUGAUUUGAAUUGGAGCGGACGCCGCGUGCGAUUGGCUUAGUUUUUUUUGGUUUGUUUUUAUUGCUCUGAACUUUCUUUUGAAAAUUUUGUUCGUUUUCACCAUUUUUAUUCGAAAGCAAAACCAAAUUCAAUACAUCGGCUCGGUACAUUUGGCAAAUACAAUUUCAAAAAAUUAAGUGCAUAACAAACCAUCCAAUGUCCACUUCGGUAAUGAAAAUGUUUGUUCUUUUACUUUUUUCCAAUGUGUUCUUGGAUAAUACGUAUUAUUACUAUUCUCUUUUCAUCUCUUCGUCUUCUUUUCUUCCUUGGGGCAAUUAUUAAGAAAAUUUAAACUGGACAAUUUUUCACACAAUUUUUUUUUUGCCUGAAAAUGAAAAUUAAUCAGGCACAUUUCUCUCUUCAGAAUGUUUGAACCUUUUUUAAUAUGAAAAAUAUGAAUGACACGGCAAGAUAAAGCAUCAAACUUUUGCAAUUGUAAAAUAAAACGAAAACAAAAACAAUCUAAGACCAAACAACAAUGGAUUGAUAUAUUUUGUAUAUUGUUGUUUCACAAAAAUUGUAUAAUUUUAUCGCUUCAAGCAAAAUUGAAGAAUUGAUUUUUAGUUUAUAAAUAUUUCGUUCCCUUAUUUUCUUUUUCUUGGACAAAAAUUACACAAACUCACAUACAAAAGAAAAAAAAACACAAAAUCAAAUUAAAGAAAAAACAACAAAAGCUCUACAUGGCUAAAAUAUUAUAUUACGUUAUUUAAAACCUAAAUUGAAGGAAAUAAAAACAAAAUAAAUAACACAGAACAUUGCAUUCUGAAUCGAAUCGAUUGUCGAUAUGAUUCUUUGAUUCAUUGAACUAAUAUGCCAAUUGGAAAACUAUGGCGUAAAGUAUACCAACAACAACAACAACAACAACAACUUGACAAUUUCAAUAUCCAAAUUCCAGAAUUACUGGGUAAUAUUUUGUUUUCAGUUUUACUUUGUUUUAUUUUACCUCUUUUCGUAUUUCACAUUUUCUUUCGGGCUUGACCAAUAAGAUAGGAACAUGUUACAUGCAAAAUGCAAAAUGUCACACAGAAGAAAAUUUCGUUUUGAAUUCAUUUUAACGCCAUGGAAUAACUAUCUAUCUUAUAGAUAUUUAUGCUUUACCUUCAAUGAUUUUGAUUGUUUGCUAUUCGUUUUUUAUUUUCACGAAGUAAAGUAAAAUCAACUGAAAGCGGUUCCGUAAUUGAUACAAUGCGGAGUCGGAGCGGAUCUCAUUGAUCCGCACCGAUUCAGUUCUCCACUACUGAUUCAUUAACCCGAAUCCUCCUACAAUUAUUCUAUGUCACCGAUUUUGAAAAAAAAAAAUUCAAAAUAUCUUUUAUGAAUGUAAAAAAAGGUCAGCACAUUCAGUUUUUUCAAUCCUCUACUGGUUUUUCUUUUUUUGUGGUUUUCAGUGCAAAAUCGACGAAUGAACAUUUCGAAGAAUAUCGAAAAAAAAUCACUUUAAAAAAACACAAUUAACCGUUUGAGAUACUGAAACCACAGAAUGGUUCGAGCAAUUUUAGAUCCGACAAUAUCACUAGAUAGCAGAAUGGUUCUAUAUUCAGUAGCUGGGGAUGGAUUCGGGUUAAGCGAUUAAAAAUCAUCACAAUAAAAUUCCUUUCAACAAACCAAUUCCAUGUAAAUAGUUUGGAGUACGCCUUAAACAAAUAUGCUAACACUUAUUUUAUUAGAAAAGAACAAUAGAUGUGUAAAUUUCUUGUAACUAAAAGGAAAAAAACAAGUGUCUGCCUAAAUGAAUGGUGUAUUUUAUCAUUAGAAUUAUUCUACAAACACAAGGAGUAUGAAAAGCUUUGAAACUCUCAAAAAGUAAUCUGUAAAUAUAUUAUAUGCACUUUGAUGAAGAAAGUAGAAAAGGAAGAUGAUGAAGAAAAAAAAAUGUUGAGGUUUUGUAUUUCGAUUUUAGAAAAGAUAAAGAUAACAAAGAAAUGAAUGAAAUUGUAAAUUAACUUCAACAUUUCGGAUCCAAUUUAAAGAAAAUAGAUUAUAAUGCAGAAAUGAAAGUUGUUUGCACAUAGCUCAGGCCAAAUGUAGCACCAUUCUAUCUCUUUUCCCACAAAUGUUGGAGCUGGGUUCAGUUUUUCUUGUCAGACAAUUUUAAUUUUACUGUCUUCACAAAUUUUUGGCAGUAAAACAUUACGUGUGGGUGGAAGUGAAUGGGGGUAAAUUUUGUGUCCACAAAGAGAGAGAAGGAAAUAAAUACAAAUAUAUGUAUAUAAUGUAACGUUACAGCUUUAAUCUAUGCGCUGAUGUAAGGACUAAGGAAUGUUAGGUGUGUAUUAGUGGUGGGUCAUUUUUUGCAUUUUUGCGAAUUUAACCGUCUACCGCUGGCAUAUUGCACAAAAUCGUCCCAGAAUCGAAUGGAAUAAGAAUUUCAUACAUUUCAUAAGCAUAUAAGACAGUGACUUCCUCUGGCGUGGAGACCUUUCUUCACGAAAAAUGGUGAGAAUAGGGAAAAUUGGUUUUUGGCAAAAAAAAAUCAUUUUCUCGGACAAAUUGGCCUUUCCACAUUGGAGGAUGAAGUCAUUCAUUACUACACAUAAAAUGUCAAGAAUAUUCAAUUCUGCCUUAUCUGAACUGAAACCAGAGCCUGUCCGUGCGCUCUUUGCGCCCUGGUGCAAAAUUGACAGGGCGCCCUUUUCUUAGGAGGAACGAAAAUAAUUAAAAUAAAAAUUUUCUCAAAAUGAGUUACUUUCUUGUUAGAAAAGUUCUGUACGCUAUUUUGGGCAUUGUUCAUAGUAUGAACUUCAUAAUAUGGUUUACAAUACACUGUUUCGUAUACAUAUGAAACGCACGAAAGUAAAAAUCCAACGAAAUUAGCAAGAUAUCUGCCUUAUGUGAUACUGAAAAUUUGCGUUUUAGAUACAUUGAAAAUAUCAUAUAUUACUGCGAGCGCGCCAAAUGCGCGCGAGCUCAAUUUUUUGUCAUUUCAAAAAUAAAGCCCUUGAAUACACAUGCUUACUGAGAGUUACAAUAAUUGAAUAUAUUUUGUAAUCGGUUGAAUAUGCACUUCUAUACACAUCUUAUUGUUUAUAUUUUGAUAUUGGAAAAUGGCGCUUGAAAUACAAGUGGCACUUGAAUAUAAUCUAGUAACUUGAACAUUGGACAUCAUGUUCUUCGAUUUUGGCGCCCUUUUGAAUACAUCUCACGCUGAAUAUUCUAAUAGUCAAAUGAGAAGAUUCUCACUCGAAAAAAGUCAUCAUGAACAAAAUUUACUUUUUCGCGAGCGUUGUUCCAUUUAUUUUUAUACAUGUCCUGUUUAUGAAUCGCGGAACUAAAGCGCUCUGAGCGUUCCAUUUUUUCCAAUUUUCCAUAAUAGAACAUAUAUAAAUAGAGCGCUCAAGCGCCCUAAAUUUUCGGCGAAAUUUUUCAUUUAUUCUCACAAAGCUGAUCAAACGCUUUCGGCACUCUCUGCGCCUGAAUUUUUCUACAAAUUUCUGGACAAUUUGAGCAAUUGAGCGCCUUUGGCUUAGCGCUCCAAGUUGUCUGCCAGUAUGCACAAAUUUGAGUGCUCGUGCGCCCGAGCGCCGUGGUGCAGCGCACCACUUGCGCCCUAUCUGGGACACGCUCUGACUGAAACUAAUUUUCCGUAAUUUUGCUAUUUUUUUGUGGAAAAAGGACACCACGCAAAAGGAAGUCGCUGUCUUAUAUGCCCAUGAAAUGCAUGCUAUUCUUCUUCCAUUCAAUUCCGGGGACGAAUCUGUGCAAUGUUCCAGCUUUACACGUCGAAGUUCGCAAAAAUUCCAAAAACGACACAUCCGGGUGUGUGUUUACAAAAAAGAAACAUCAACUAUAUAAUGACGUUAUUGAACGAUUUGAUAGCAACGAUUUUGUUCCGUGCAAUUUUUGUCCCAACUUCCUUGACAAGGUAACUUCAUAUUUGUUUCCACGGUGUUGUCUCUGUCGUUUUUUUUGUUGAGAUCUCUAUUGAUGAGUUGACAUUUUGCCAUUUAGUUCAAGGAAAAGGCUAUACAUGUACCUGGAUAAUCAUAAUCAUACUACUUCACUGGAACACACUUAGGCUAAAAAAAACACAUACACACUUUGCAUUUGUUUGAAAUUUUAAUUUUUUUGGGGGAAGUGGUGUUGCCGACAAAUUAAAUGUAGUAGAAAAUGGAACGAAUACUUAUGAUAAGCAAGUGACAACAUUUAACAAAUUUAUGAAGUAUGUGACUCAGGACAGGCAGUUUAAAUAAAUAAAUAAACAAGUAACUCAGUGAAGAGAUGCAUGCCAAUCCACCAAAAAAAGCAAGAAAUAUUCAUCAAUUACAAUGGCACAGCAAAACACAAAAACGGAAACGUAGAAAUAAUUGAUGUUACUUAGUUUAAAACACACAUAUUAAAAAUAUGUAUAUUUUUCGAUAAGAGAAACAGGUGUAGAAGAAGAUGAAGAAGAAAAAGGAGAAACUACGACACACCAAAAUACUUUUUUGUCUGAUUAAGCAGCUUACAGAAUUCAAAUUCAUUCACCAAAUUAUGAAUCAAAAUGAGAAUGAAAUGGAAAAUAGAAUUUAACGAGUACCAGUUAAUGUAAUAAAUGUAAAUCAAAAAUAAAAAGUUUAUUUUUCGAAGGCAA